ACGCUUAGUGUGGAUUUCAUUUAGUAGCACUUAUGGUAAAUAGAACUUUAUGUACCACGAAGCUUUAUCUCAGAGCUUUAUUUUGCCAUUUUAAAGAUAAUAUCUACAAUAAAUAUCUUGGUGUCUUGGUGUUUUUGUUGUGCUAGGUUCCGAAGACACCAUCGCGUUAUUCUGUCCGUAAAAUAUUAAAAUUAUAGUUUAAUUUUGGUGAUGAUUGGUUGUGUGUUGUCUGUUUGCUAUCUACUCCAAUCGCCAUUCAUAGCAUCAAUGACAAAAAACACGCAAGGAAGCAAUUGAGCAGAUUCAUUUAACAGCAUCCCUGAUAGCCAUGGAGUUUGUCCCAGUGCUUGAUCAAUCACAUAAACCUAGAGAAAGGCUGUGGUAUUCUUUAAGGCCCAGCGGAAGUGCUCCAGGUGUUAGUGUGGGUCAUACCUGCAUGUUUAUUCCAUCUAGAGAUGGAGGAUUAGGGAGAAUCCUUAUUGUUGGGGGAGCAAACCCAAAUGGCAGUUUCUCAGAUUCCCACACGAUAAAUCUAGAUAACCAUGCAUGGGAGACCUCAAAGUGGAAAGGAUUGGAAGCAAGAUAUGAGCACUGCAGCUUUAUUCCAGAGAGCUGCCCACAGAGCCUGUGGGUGUUUGGUGGGGCACAGCAGACGGGCAAUCGCAACUCUAUCCAGAAAGUAAACCUAACAGAGAGUGAGCCUUGCUGGAAGGAUGUAGUGGUGAAAGGAGAGCUCCCUAGUCCCAGGACAUACCACACCAAUUCAGCCUGCAUAGGGGACAAACUGUACGUCUUUUCUGGUGGAGAAGUGGGAGCUGUGCCUGUUUCAGACACAAAAUUACAUGUCUUUGAUACAGUAUCUUCCACUUGGUCUCAACCAGAAACACAAGGCAGACAACCACCAGCCAGACAUGGCCACAUUAUUGUGGCUGUUGGCUCUAAAAUCUACAUUCAUGGAGGCAUGGCUGGAGACAAAUUCCACAAUGACAUGUACUCCAUAGACUCAAGAAGCAUGAAAUGGGAGAAAAUACAGACCAAAGGAGAUAUCCCACCUGGAGUAGCAGCUCACUCAGCUGUUGUGCUGGGUACAAAUAUUUAUUCAUUUGGAGGCAUGACUGCAGAUGGCGCCACCAACUCCAUGUACAGAUUUAGCACUGACAAAAAUAGAUGGACAUUAAUGAAAUUUGAAGGAGAUAUGCCAUCAAACCGUCUUGACCACUCCAUGUGUUUACUUCCAUGGAAGCUGAGUGGUAAAGGAAAUGAAGAUGGCAACCAGGCCAACAGCCCAGUAGCCUCUGAAACUGUACAUCUGGCAUUUGUAUUUGGAGGCAUGGACACGCAAGGCGUCAUACAUAAUGACUGCAUUGUAACCGUUUUGAAGUGAAGAUUUGAGAAAAUAAAAAUCAUCAAGUGCCUUUUUUUAACUCCUUGUGCUUGAAUUGAAAAGGUUGAAGUGUUUCUUAUUUGACACAU